CGCACAGAGAGCAGAUCUGACACACCGCAGCAGAUAUUGACUUCAGCGCAUCGCUUGUCUGCUAUGAGAAGGCCGUGUGUGUUUGUGUUGUUGGUGAGUGUCCUCGUCUGUCCGGUGGAUCUUUCUCCGGUGAUCGGGCCUGAACCCAUCCGCUGCGCUCCAUGCUCUCAGGAGCAGCUGGACUCCUGCCCCGCCGUGUCCUCGGACUGUCCAGAGGUGCUGCGAGAGCCGGGCUGUGGAUGCUGCAUGUCCUGCGCACUGAAGAAAGGAGAGUCCUGCGGUGUUUAUACGGCUCCCUGCGGAGCUGGCCUGCGCUGUGUCCCGAGACCCGGUGACCCGCGACCGCUGCACGCUCUGACCCGCGGACACGCCGUCUGCACUGAGGACGACCACACACAAGAUGAGCCGGACUUCACGUCUGACCAGGACUCCCUGCAUUACCUGCUGAGCCUCAACCGGCCGCUGGACCCACGGGACGCAGCGGAGGCUCAGGAGAACAUCAAGGCCAAAGUCAAUGCCAUCCAAAAGAAACUGAUCCAACAGGGUCCGUGUCACACUGAGCUGCACGCGGCUCUGGACGUCAUCGCUGAAUCCCAGCAGACUUUAGGAGAGAAGUUCACCAGCUUCUACCUGCCCAACUGUGACCAGCACGGGUUCUACAAGGCCCAGCAGUGUGAGACGUCUCUGGUGGGCCAGCCCCCCCGCUGCUGGUGCGUGUCGUCCUGGAACGGGAAGAGAAUCCGUGAGGAUCUGGCGUCUGAUUCCCAGUGUCCUCAGGAGAUCACGCACUGAACCCAAGCUGCAGCUCACUUACCUUAGGUUUCCUUCUGUACCAUAUUUAUUCUUAUGUAUGUGACUUAUAUUUAUGAACUAGUUUUUGACAGAAUUCUAUUAGAAUGAAUAUGAACUAGAAACAAUCACUAGAACUCCACCUCA